AUGUGUUCAAGUCAAAAACAAGGUGUCAGCUCAUCUGCUCGACGUGCUGGUUCAGCCGCUGGUGAAUCUCAACAAUCAAUCAAGAGAAGAAGAAUAAGCAAAGCCUGUGAUAACUGUCGUUCCAAAAAAGCCAAAUGUAAUGGGAAAAAUCCGUGCACUUCUUGUAUCUUGAAUGAGGAAACUUGUGUCUAUAGUGACUCUAACAAGAAAAGAGGUAUUCCAAGUGGUUAUACAAAAGAAUUGGAGACAAAGAAUUUGCUAUUACAAUUAUUAUUGACAAAGUUAUUUACUGAAGAUGAUUCAGUCUUGUUGAAGUUGACAAAUUUGUUAACAGAUCCUGAAGUUAAGAAUGAAUUUUUCAGUCAAAUAAAUGAUUUGAAUACCACCUGGCAUGAAAGUUCAAACAUCAAACCAUUGUUUACACAUUGUUUAUUGAAUGAUUUACCAAGCUUGAACUUGGAUCUCAAAGACCCAAACUUGAAACCUUUGAAAACUUCUCAUAAAGAAGGAGGUACAGAAUCAUCACCAGAAAGACUAUCAAAAAGACAUUCCAAUGCCAAAGAAGAAGAUCCAACUACUGGAGGUGAAGAACUUAAAAGAUCGAACUCAAGUAAUGAUACCAAAUCACCAACUCAUUCCCGUCCAAAUAUAGAUGCUGCUUUGAAUUUCAACAAGAUUGCAUUACAAUAUAAAGGGUUAUCAUCUUCGAAUUCAACAUUUUCACCAACUGCAAUUCAACAUUAUGUUCAAACCUUACCACCAACUUCAAAAUCUCCAUUCAGAGUUGGUUCACUAUUCAAUAUCAAGUCAACUUCUAAAAAUUCAUUACCUACUGAAAUUUUACAAUUUCCUCUAAAUACUAGAAAAUUGGUUGAUUCAUAUUUUCAAGUUGUUCAUCCUUGGUUACCUAUGGUUAAUAGAUUUGCUAUUGUUAGAUAUACACAUAAAUCCAACGUCAAAGAUCCAAACAUUGAUGGGAAUUUCAUUGGUUUGAUCUGGGCUAUUUUAGCAUUAGGUCAAUUUAAAUUCAAUGGUUUUAUAAAUGAAGAAAGUAAAAUAUUGAGUUUAAAUUGUGCUAGAAACUCAGUUAUUGCAUUAGAAACAACAACAACUUCCACUAUUGAGACUAUUCAAUCAAUGCUAUUAUUAGGUUUAUUUUACUAUGAGAUUGGUGAAUGGGAUUCAGCAUGGGUUUUAACUUCAAGUGCUUCAAGAAUGGCUGUCGAUACAAGAUUGAUGAUUAAUAACAAUCAAAAAUUGAUGGAACAUGAGAUUAAAUUGAGAGAAAGAACUUGGAGUGGUGUUUAUUUGUUGAAUUUGCUUUUGA